AUGAAGGUUACAGGCGCCAUACGCAGGUCGAGGCUAUUGAGGGCUCCCUCAAUCGCCAGGACCUACUGCGAAAAGAGCUUCGGCGGUCUUGCGGCCACCGGGUCGGCGGCGAGAAUCGGCGCGAAUGGCGCCGCUAAUUCCGCGCUCUGCCGCCACAGUGGCGCCAUCCGCUCCUAUGUAAAUUUAGGCCGGGAUUGGACGCCAGUGCGCAACCAGUACACGAAGUAUCGUAUCACAAAGCCGUGGACUGCAGACAGCACCUACGACGACAUCUUCCUCGCGCAGCCCUCCCGGGAGGACCUCUACGCGUUUUCCAAGGAGCUGCCCGUCUUCCUCAAGUUCCUGAAGCUGCUCACGAAGGCGCAGAACCGCAAAGAGGCGUUCGUGGAGUUUGCGAAGCGGUGCGAGAAUGGACUUGUUGUCGAAAAGGACGUGUACGUUACCAAGGCUGAGCUUCUGGACUGCAUGUGGCGCAAUGGCUACUCGGAGGGCGAGAUCGAUGCCAUCAAGUUGGGGUUCCCCGAUGACUACCGCUUCCACUACCCCGAGCUGGCCGUGACCUUCGACCUCACGGAGGAGGAUUGCUACGCCUACUGCAUGAGGCAAAGGGCUGCUAACCCUGAGGAGCUCAUAGAGCUGAAACUGAAAAAGCCGCAAAACCUCAUCUCGAGCUAUGGUCUCAUCUUUCUGGGAUGCUGGUUCGGGUUGAGCAACGCGGUGUUGGGAAACGCCUGGUUCUUCGCGAAGACGCUGCCAUUCGGAGCUGUUUUCUACAUGCUGGCGGCAUACUUCCAGAAAACGCUGAAGGAAAUGGCCUGGAAGGAAGAAAACGCCCUCAUAGACAAGGCGAAGGAGGAGAAGGAAUACUGUGAAAACGCGAUCUACAGCCAACUGACCACAACUGACCCUCGGCCAGAAUACAUGGACACCUCGAGGUGCGCGGACUACGUCGACAAAUUCAAGGAAGAGGUUGCCAACCGCAUGAAGGAGUACAGAAUCGCGCUCCUACAGCACAUGAAGAGCGAGUCUGCGCGCGUCAUGAACGAACGGCUGCAGAGCAUGCUCUUGCAGGAGAACGCCAUGGCCCGCUCGGUGCAGCGGAUCAUGGUCGACGAGCUCAUGGCAGUUUUCCGCGAGACUUUCGCCAAGAACUCCAGGCUUCAGGACGCUGCAAUCAACGCCGCCAUCGCCGAAGUUGCGAGUGAAACUGUAAAACGUGACCCGGUUUCCACCUUCUUCAACGACGGACUGGCGUCCUUCCGCAGCGACAAGCCGUCCGAGAUUGUGAAGCGUUGCACCGCCGCAUUCGAGGCGCGCGAGAAGGAGUUUUUGGACGCGUUCAGCAUCGGAGAAGCCGAGGCCGCGGAGGUCGGCGCCCUGGCCAAGCAGUGCCAGGACGGCAACGGCAUGGACCUCACGCGCCUCUCCGAGGAGCAGCUGCAGCGCGCGCAAAAGCUAUUCGACACAUUCAACCACAGAUUUGGUUACUACGUGCCCCGCGUCCCAGGCACCGUGGGUGCCAUGGCGAAGGAGGGUGAGGCCUUCAUCGACGAGGUCAACAAGGAGGUGAGCCAGUGCGCCCAGGAAGUCGCUCGAGCGCGUCUCGGAGCGUUUUUGCGCGCAUUCGCCUAG